AUGAUCAAUAACGAUGUAUCGCAGGGCAAGGAAAGGGUGAAAGUUCCAGUGGUGAAUGAACUCGACGAUGAAAAGCCUUCAGCAUUUGGGGUAAUGUGAUAAAGGAUAUUGAGUAAACAACAACGCCGUGUUAGAAAUGUUCAUUUUUAAACCCCAAAAAUAUUGUGGCCUUAAUUUCAACUGAAAUAUUAAUUUUUACUUACUUUCAGAGGAUGGAUUUAGAAUAAGGUCAAUACUCAUCCUUUACUUGCGAGUGCGGCCGCCUGUAUUUGCCGGGUAAUAUCCCAUGUGUCCAGUCCAAAAUAGCCUGCGUGGCAGGCGUUUGAAAGGGAAGGGAAAGGGAGUUUUAGGUGCGAGAGAAACGCGAGGGGCGCGCGAGAAGGGAGGAGGGAAACGCCUGCCAGGAGACCAUUGUUUUUCUCGUUUUUAACAUCCACCAGGCGAAUGUUAAAAUCCUGAUUGGUCCGUCUUCAAAACAUGUCAAUCACAGCCUUAAUACCUUAAUCCGAUUGGCUGAAAUCAACAUCACGCUACUGAGUAACUUAAUCGAUCUUUCAGUAAUCAUUUAAAAAUAUGUUGUUAAGUGAGGCGCGAUGAGAUUUCUGUAUGGAAUUCAUCGUUUUAGAACGAUUAAAAACUGAAGGUAUCUAUUUCAGCUUGAAAGGAGAAUGGAAGAAAGCAAUUAAAAGACUCGUAUGAAGGAAAAGACAUGUCAGCUAGAUGAGUUUUGCUGACUGGUUUUGAGAAGUCUUGUCUCCCAAUGGCUUGUUUGACCCACUAGAAGAGAGAAAGGAAAAAUCAUGCUGCAUGUGUGCUUGUUAUCUGCUGUUUGACCUCAAACGCCUACCACGCAGGCUACACUUUAUCAACGACCAGAUUCUUGAAGACAAAGCGGUCUAGAUAUAAUCCUUAGCGAUUUUUGGUUUGAGGAUUUCUUCUUGCUGGUUAUAGACGUUAUAUAAAAGCCGCCAGGAACUUACUUUAAUAAUAAUAUUGUUUGCAGAAUUAGCCUUAUUGUAGGUCUUUGAAGUUUAGCUUUCUUUCCCUGCUACCAGCGUUCUUUUGUAUGCCCCGCUGGAUCCAGUUCGAGAGUCAGUAAAGUGUUUGUAAUUAAUUUCUCCGACAAACAUUGCAUGCAAGUUGGGAAGUCCAACACGAUACCUUCAGCAAAAACGUAAUAGAUUUAUGCUGGAUUUUAUGUAACAAGCCACGCAUGGUUGCGACUUUCUUCCUUCAACAGACGACCGCAUUUAUAGUUUUUUUUAAUAGUACCUUCACUUCAGAUUUCUUGUUUUAGGAAAAAAAAAAGAAAAACAGUACGCGAAAUACGACUUAAAUAAGCGCAUCGCAGCCAGACUUAUUUGACAGCUAGUCAUUCACAGUUGCGUUAUUUUUGCAUAUAUAAUUAGUGGGCGGGAUGGCGAAAACAAUGGUUUCCUGCCAGGCGUUUCCCUCCCUCCCUCCCUCCUCGCGCGCCCCUCGCGUUUCCCUCGCGCCAAAAACCCCCUUUCCCUUCCCUUUCAAAUGCCUGCCACGCAGGCUAAGUCCAAAACACAUCUCCCUGGGAUUUUCCAUUCCCCGCCGGGUUCAUGCAUGGGAAAAUUCUUCAGGAGAAAAUUAUGGGACCAUCGGAUUAAUGGCGAGUUUCCAACUGUAGAAACACCUUUCGAGGUGUAGCCAGGAUUUUUGCAGAGAUAUGCACAGUUUUACUAAAUCCAUGUGGCUUUUACUUUACAGUACACAUUAGUUUGCAUUGGUGGGCCUAAUGUAAAUGAUUCAUUCAACUCUCCAUUCUACCCUGGCUGUGAAUGUCAUCAAAUCACAUGUAUGGCAGACGUUUGCUCUUGCAUGCAAGCCUAUGGACCAUGUUAUGACAGUAGUGGAUGCCUUCAGAUUUAUAAUCAGCAGUUAACUGGUGAGUUUUCACAAGGCUAACUAGAUUGCAGUUGAAAAUUAAAGUAGUCCACAACCAAACCUCUUGUGGGUGUUUUUUGUCUAUUUAUUUUUAUUGGGCAAGGUCAAAUCGAAAAGUAAAAUAUAAAUAAAAUAAAAUAAAAUAAAAAACUAAAAUAUAGAAACAUAAAGAAUUAAAUCCCAAAAGGGAUGGGCACAAACGGGACACUCAGACCCAUGCGGGGUGCCUACGCUAGGAAAAUAUAAGGAUUUAAAAUAUACACAAAAGUGAAAUCUAGUUGUAGUAAGAGGAAAGUCUAAUUGUAGAAAAAUCUAAUUGUGCAAAAUUGUCGUCUAACUGUGGAGAAAUCUAAAAUUAAAAAAAGAAAAAGAAAAUAUAUACCUAUACAUAUCAUAUUCAGUUAGUGACAAGAACAUUCACGAGAGAUUGACCAUGAGCAGACCAUGUCCAUAUCAAAGACAUUCAUUAAAGGAGACUUGUACAAAUUCUUCAAAAAUGAUUUAAAACAGCUAAGAGAGGUAAAACCACUAGGGAAGGCUUCAUUGCAUGAGUUGUUCCACAGUUUCACAAUACGGUCAAAAUAUGAAGCUUGCAAAGUGCUGGUCUUACAGGCUGGAAUAGGAAGAUAACAGCCAGCAGACCGACCAUGACGUGUACGUGGUUGAUUGCUUUUUUUUCUUUAUCAACUUUAAAUCUCUCUUUCUUUCUCGCUGGACGAGUAUGUGCCUGGCACUGUCUUAGGCUGCAUUCCAUUGGGAUGAUCUAGAUCAAGAUCAGUGAUCUGGGAUCGCUCAAAUCAUAGUGCAUCAGAGGAACCAAUGAGGGCAGCUAAUCCGACUUAAUCCCAUUUAAUAUGACACACUCCUCGAAAGUGCGAAAAUUUUCUUGUCGUGUAUUAGAUUUCAGAUGCAUUUUCUUAAUCUUCAUUUCGCCAGAAUAAAUUAGUUUGCGCGCAAAGGGCUCCUAAAAAAUCACAAGGUUUGUCCCACCUCGAGUCCACCUUCUGGAGAUACGCCAGCUUGGUAGCUGGAAUACAUUGCCGAGGCGAAGAUCUGGCAUUUUUUCCUCCUCGUCGUAUUUUCUUCACGGCAAAUGUUUAUAUUUGUAGUGAGAAUGCAGCGCAUAUCGGUGGAUUUUACUUCAUGCGACUUGCUACUUCUGAAAGAAGAGUGCCGGAUUUCAUCGUUUUGUUCAUGUUUGUUAGUGUUGGCAAAUGUAAGGUAAAUGAACCGACCACUGUAAGGUAAGAAUUGAAGUUUUAAAUUUGUUACUCGGCGAAAAAUCGUGGAAUGGGAAUUCGUGAAACUUGUGAGUAUUACCUCUGUUACCUAAUGUCAUGCGAUGACUCCUCGCUUUUUCCUCAUGCGUAACACGGAUACAAGCGAUAAAUUUAUUUCGCAAAGUGAAGUAUAAUUUACUUAACGAGACCAUUUGACGAAUAUUUCUUGUUAUAUGCUUUAUUCAUAUUUGCUUGGCUUAUUCAGGCUACAUGCCAGGAGUUUGAUGACAAUGUUUGUGUGUUAUAAUUAUGCUGAUAAGUUUUUGCACCUUUAUAUUGAAACUCAUGAGCCAAACGUUUGUAAACUCUAGCAAAACAAUCUUCUAUUAUGGAGGAACUUUUAACGUCUUUCGGGGCCCUAAUAUGGUGUCAAAUUUUUAGGUGAAACAAAGCUUGAUUUUUGGCCAAACAGACUAUAGCUUUUUUGUCUUUGAAGAGAGCACGAGGCAAACGUCCGUGAGUACAGUGUAAGCCAGUGAUUCUUAAGGUAGAGCUAACAAAGUUAACGUAGGCUGCACUUUAGGUGGCACACCCAUGGGUGCAGUGUAACCCAGUGAUUCUUUAGGUAGAGCUAACAAACGUAGGCUGCACUUUAGGUGGCACACCCAUGGGUGCAGUGUAACCCAGUGAUUCUUUAGGUAGAGCUAACAAACGUAGGCUGCACUUUAGGUGGCACACCCAUGGGUGCAGUGUAACCCAGUGAUUCUUUAGGCAGAGCUUACAAACAUAGACUAUACAGGUGUACAUCAGAUGGCAACAAGUUUUCCAGUUAAAACUUUGUCAUAAAGUGCUACACCAUGGCACUUCGACUAUUUCAUUAUCGCGUUUGUUUUGACGCACAAUUGAUAGUCAGGAGAAGUCGUAUUGUCUAAAACCAUAGCAAAAGACAAUUUACACACAUCACAGUGUUAAGGUAAGGCAAUACACGGUAUUUCCUUCAGGUACAUUUACAUUUUCUGUUAGGUUAUAAGCGAUUAAAUCGCAUGCAGCGACGAACAAAACGCGAAGCCGUCAGAUAUUCUAGAACCGUGUUAUCUACAGUGCUGUGCAUUAUUAUUGCUUAACUAACUAACUACGCGCUGAUGGAAAUAAGUUUUGGCCGCUUUAAAUUUUGAAACAAUUCACUGGUACUGUAUAGUCAUAAUACGUAUUGGAGCGGAAAGUUAGCACGCGAGCAGGGCGAUUCUGCUGUGGUUUCUGUAAUGUAGAAGAUAUUACGGCAAUGAGGCUCCCGGGGUCCGUUCUGGAAAUCACAACUACAUGUAGGAUGAAAUGCAUUCUGCGUGCAGACGUCUCCUUUUCCAGGUUAGGUUAAAUAAACCGUACCAACGGUUUGUUUGACAAAGCUCCCGCGAGACGGUUUCUUGGUGAUUUUAUUAAUUUUUCCGAUCCAUUUUUUUUUCAGCUCUAUUUUCGCAGCUUUUGCGAUACAAACUAAAUUCAUUUUUAGUUGUGAUGACAUCACACUGCUUAAUCAUGACGGCUUUAGAAGAAACUGAAUAUAUUGCGCUUCGCGAUUUCGCAAAAUCGCUGCGGGAAUUAAAAAAAAUUUUCUUCCAAUUUCACGCUUCUUUCUCUAGUCAAUUGUCUCGUUUGUCUCGUUUUCUAAAGGUCCUUGAGAACAGAAUAAGACAAUAUUUUAUUACCGACAACCUAAAAACCUGAUUUUUGACCAGAUCGAAACAAAACUGACCUCUGAAAUGGAAGAAGAAAAGCCUUUUAUUUUUGCCGGCUUCGGCCCGCCGACGCGAUCGUGUCUGUUUUGCUUUCAUAUGAUGACAUUUUCCUGACAGAAGGGUGUCGGGAGAAACACCUCACGCCGAUCAUACGUGACAAAAUCCGCCGCGCCUAAACUAAUUAAGAAAAGUCUCCUUGAAAGCUCCAUACAAUUCCUUAUAACAAAAUUAUAAGGAAUUGUAUGGAGCUCUCCGGGAUACUUACAGUGCAAGUCCUUUGUGUCCCCUCAUGAUGAUCCAAGUGACCAACGUUUCUGAUCCGCAUCAUCUUAAAGGAACAUACCCUAAAUGUUCAUCAUAGACUAGCCUAUGAGCAAGCUGUCCAGGAUGCUCGUCAGAGCAUCCCGGAGAGGUGGCUCACUUGCUAAUCAUAGACAGUUCUCUGUCUCAAUAAGGAGAGUUAAAGAAAGUGAGUUUAAUAAGAACUGCAGGGACCAAUGUCUAGGUGUCCUUUUUGAGCAAUUGUUUGUCAUGGUGUCUCGGCACUUUGGGGAACUGUAUGCUGUCUUUAAGUGGUUUUCAUAGAAAAGAGUCGACUGUAUCAAUAUGUUUUAUCAUAUAGCUACAAUUAGUACGCGUGCUCUGGUUGGCUGUUUCUUGUAAUGACUCGGGUAUUAUUUUCUUGUAAUGAGUAAGCACGUGUCAAAGGUAUCUGUGUUUAACUUGAUAUUGGACAUCCACAUGAACUUCAAUGUUAUGGUCAAUUGACAGCUUUCAAAAAGGGUAUCUGCUAACCAGUGUCACCUGACUGUAUCGCAGGCUCUGGUGUACUACUCUUUGAGGUGACAUGUUUUUUUUUUAAAGUUAUCCGCUGACCAGUUGUUGGUUUUAAUAAUAAUUAUUGAUUGCAGGCUUAGGUCUAUAAAGAAAAGGCCAUAUAUUGAAUAACUUAUUAGCCUUGUCUAUUCGUUCAUUACAGGGAAAUCUCGGACCUUGGCCAUGAUGUAUUGACCCCGCUAUCACUUGGUCAAUACAUCAAGGUCUUGGUCUGAGAUUUCACUGUAAUGACCGAACAGAUGAGGUUAAUAACUAGUAUAUAUAUGCUGUUUUUUUUCCUCCAGAUUACUGUCAACCAGUGUUUGAAUGCAACAGUUGCUGUGCUUGCCCAGAGACUUGUCCGAACAGAGUUGUUCAGAAAGGAUUGCAGUUAAAACUCCAAGUUUUCAAGACAAAACAUAAAGGAUGGGGCUUAAAAACUCAGCAGACCAUAAGAAAAUUCACUUUUGUGUGUGAAUAUGCUGGAGAACUUAUUUCAGUGCAUAAA